GGGAAGAAACCUUCAGGAGAGCAACAGAGGAGGAUCCCUCUCCCCGGAUGGACAGAUGAAUAGAUGUCAUGUGUACAGAAUGAACAGCAUUACAGCGUUACCCCAAAAAUUAAGCCCACAAGCGAGUACAAAUUUGUAAACAAACGUCUUUUGAGAGCUUUUUUGGAAAGGGGAAAAGGCCCAAUGAGGAGACAGAAGACUUCCAAGAAGAAGAAAGAUGCUUUUUAAAAGACAAUAUCAGGAGUCCUUCUUCAAAUACGUGUUUAUCGCUACAUGUGAUUCUCACGUGAAUGGUGCAAUCAUUCAGCGCAAAUGACAAAAGAGUGGUCCUGGGCUCUGACAAGCCCAGCGAAGGCGUUGCGACAUCCCUCCGCUUUCCUUCUCAACCUGGCUCAUUCACCCCCGGUAAUUACGGGAGUGAAGCAGGGCCACCGGAUGGACAACUGGAUUCCCCGAUAAAGACGUCUCCUGUGUCUGAACGAAUAAAGGCACUGGAAGCUCUUGCUGCCAAAAAAAAGGAUCCUGAUUUUAGAAGUGAUGGAGGUUUCGCUCACUUCAGAGAUCGCCACCAUGAGAAAUCGCCCAUCGACUCCCCCAAAUCGCCCAUCGACUCCCUCGAAUCGCCCAUCAACUCCCCCAAAUCGCCCAUCGACGCCCCCAAAUCGCCCAUCGACGCCCCCAAAUCGCCCAUUGAUGCCCCCAAAUCUCCCUUUGACUCCCCCAAGUCUCUCACCGACACCCUCAAGUCUUUCACCAACACCCCUCUCGCUGAGAUCCCAAAAUCUACCAUUGAGAAAAUGACACCAACUGUCCAAAAAAGAGAUGGUUCAGCUGAUCAGGAGUCACCAGAAUCCCCUUUUGAAAUACUUGGAGAUUUAAGACAAGUGAAUGAAUUUGAAGAAACCGAAGAGUGGAUGAAGGCUCAUGUACCUCCUGUGCCAGACUUUGAUGCUGUAGAUUUAAUUAAAGGCACCCUGACUUCUGACAAUAUCACAUCAAAGAAGGAGAAGGGGACUGAUACUCCUGCUGCCUUUGCUGGUGUCCCUGCUGCUUUCAUGGAUUUUUCAGCUCAGACUACAAAACUGAAGGAUGAGUUCAGUGAUGGACAGAAGCAGUCAAGUGUUGAGGAAGAGUCUGAGUUUGACCUCAGCUUUUUGCCAACAGCCUACAUGUGGGAUCAGCAAGAGAAAUUGGGUGCCCAGGCUACAUCAAAUCGUGAUUCUGUGCUUCCAGCUUUACCUGCACCUCCUGCAGACUUUGACGCCCCAUAUCCUCUUGUCUGUCCACCAGUUGGUAUGGACGUUAAACACAAUGUUUCAGAUGACAAGAAGAUCAUGUGGACCGGAGAUCUGGAGCCCCUAGAGCCAAGCGAAGCGGACAGCUCAGGAGAGUCAGACGAAACUGUCAUUGAAGAUGGUGUCACUGUUACUGCAUCUGUUCUUCUUGCGUCUUCUGAUCCAGCAGUUUCAAAUGAUUCUAUUCUUGCUUUUGCAAAUCCCAAUCUGGCCACUGAGGAAAAUGAGCCUCCUCCACCAAAGUCUGAGAGGAAGCUAAUGCAGGUUCCUACAAUAAAUGUUAUUGAGACCGAUGAGCCAAAUUACAGUGAAGAAGAGAUGGAAAUGGAGCUUGAAGAUCAGGAUUAUGAGGCUGUAAAAGAACUUGCUAGAGAAGCUCCAAAAACCCCAGAGCCGGAUGAUGGAAAAAAUGAACUACCAAAAGCACGCCCCUUAGAAACAGAAUUCAUGGAAGGCUACUCUCCUCCAUCCUCACCUGUGGACUCUGAUGCUGAGUACUCUCCUAAACACAACAUACUCACAUCUUUACCUAAAACAGUAAAUCAGGAAUCAUUAUCAAAACCUGAGGCCCAAUCCAAUCAAACCCAAUCUGAAAAAUCACAGACCACCUCCAGUAAAGUAAAGGAUGAACCUUCCACUUUCAAAGUCACAAACAAAGAAGUGGACUUUCCAGAUAAUGAUGACGAGUGGUCAGAUGAAGCACAAGCGAUCCUGGUCAAACCUUGCAAGACUGGUCUUUCAUUCAUGGAAACCACUGCUUGUACCCAAUCCAAGAUAGAUGAAAAGAGCAACACAGCUGCAAAGGAUGCUUACAUGGAGACUGCUUCUCGUUCUAACACUAGCUUCAUGCAAGAUGAUAUAUAUGACAGACAAUCAUUUGAUUAUGAUUAUGAUGUAUCGUGUCCCUUGGAUGACAUUGAUGACAAAGGGUUCAACAAUGCUAAGCAGCGGUUUCUUUCUGAUCCUUCUCAAAUCCUCAUUGAACCACUGAAUGCAGAUAGUCCAAAUCUGGACGAUCUCAGUUCAGGAAAUGAUGACGACGCCUUCCCCAAGCCAGUUGGUCAGCCAUCUCAAUAUCCCAGAGAUCCAUAUUCCUCUUUCCAAAGCGAGACCCAAAGUGGCAUCAAUGAGCAAAAUUUGAUUGGGAAAAUGACCACUGAUGUUGUUGCAGAUAACAUGGCAAAUGGCAGCUUCCUCCCAGCACAGAAAACCACCUCAAAGAUCGAGCAGGACACUAAAGCAGGCCACCAUGCACCUAACUCAACAAGCAACACAGAAAGUAUUGCCCCAGGCAGCGUAAUGUCUGAGCCUACAGAUAGUUUUGUAGAGUUCAUGCGAGAGUGCCUGAAAUCAAGGCAGGAUGAAGAACCUGACGACGCACACCAAGCUGUCUCUUGCAAUAACCAGUUGUGCAAAACCGGUAUGCCUCCUUCUCAGUCUACUCCAACCAUGGUGAUGGAUCUUGAACAAGAACGGCUUACUAUCAACGCUCUCAAAGAGUUGAGCAGUAGUCAAGAAGAGGAAGAGGUGGAGCCUCUCUAUUCGAGGGUUCCUGACCAGAGCAAAGCUAAACCCAGCGCGACAUCUACACAGCUUUCUUCCUUUGCCGCAGUUCCUAAUCCUUCAUGUUCCCAAAGCAACCAAGUGUUUGACAGCACGUAUUCCAAAGAGGUAGAAGCCAUCGACGAAUGGGUGGCUGAAGCCUAUCAUCUUGCUGAGCAUGUCUUGACAGCAAUACUAACCCACUUAUCAGGUAACACUUCUUUCUUAUGGGCAGUAGGCCUGCUGACCUCAUGCAGUCCCCUCAAUACGACCUAUUUUCUCACUUGCACCUUGUGACAGCCUGCUUUUUUUUUACAUAUUGUAUACAUGUAGGAACAGGCUUUAUGGCAAGUAGAAAACACCCAUUUUGUUAUUGCAAACAGACCUUCACGACCCUCUCCUUCUGUCGGUCUGUGGAGUGUAGCGUGUCCCCUGAUACAUAGUGGCCACAUAUACUUCUACUAAGAGAGCGUAAAGGCCUUAGUAUGCUUCAAAUAAACAAAGUCGAAAACAUCUAAUUUCAAAAGUUACUUUACCAGUUCACACUCCCCUACGGUGUCCCUUCGUCGGCAUUCAUGGCCUUUUACUUGUUCAAACACAUGAAAAGUGAUGAAGUUAUUGUGUGGAGAAUAGAAAAAGUGCUUAUUUUUGCUACUUAUUGGCCAACAUCUGCCAGCAAUAUUUCAAAAGGAACUGUCAAACCGGUUUGAUAUUAAGCCAUACACAGAACCGGUCUACCACAUUUUACUACGACUAAAAAAAAUUAACUCCUUUUACAUGUCCCAUGUCUUCCAAACCACUUACAGUUAACAAUAUUUAGCUUUGUUUGAGAAUCCUCUUAUUUUGUAGAUUCAGUCAAUCAUGUGCCAAUCCUACAACCCAUAGUAACUAGUGCAAAUUAUGGCAUGAUAUGUGCAGACAAAAUGCAAAAAAGGAGGUGAUUCAAUAAGGACUACAGAUACAGCUCACUGAGAGAAGCACCUCUAAAUGUCCAAGGAAACCACCCUUUGGGUUUACAUGUAAUGUACAAUGACAUUUCAAAGUUAUGAUGAUUUCAAGUAGCUAGUUACAGAAAACUGCCUUGAAAGUCAUUGGGCUAUUUGAAUACUAAAGUAUACUAAAUACUAAAUCUGUAGAGACUGCAGUUGUCACACUUAUAGUAUCCAAACCAGUGUAGUGUGCUAUUGACACCAAGGCUGCAUAUGGUCCAGUGAUCAUUUGAGCUUUGGACCCUCUCCUGCCCCUCUGUCCUUUACAGCUUGGCAGUGGUCCAUUGACAGAGUGGGGGUUUAGAUAUGGCGCCCAAGUGUUGCCUUGCAAGAACCUUGGAAGUCACGGGGUACAGUCAAUCCCCAGUGUCAGGUUUCUGUCUUGAUGCAAGUUUCCACAGCCCACCUGAUGAAGACCAUGACAAGGCAAACAAAAUCAUGCAAAAUUACUUUCAUAACUCUCUAAUUAUUUGUUGUCGUAAAUCACUCUUGGGUUUAGGCAAGAUGCCAUCUUGGGAAAUUGGUUUGCUGUCCGGUCUUUCAGUACUCACUUGUCCAAUUUUCCUCUUCGUCUAUGUCUAGCUGUACUUUUCCCAAAAAUGUUUUUUUAUUUGUCAGCUGAUACAAACCAGCCUGUUUCUAAGCAUCACAGCAUACAGUGAUAGUUAUUACUUUCCAUUAGAAGUUGACCAGAGCAAGGGCAAAGUACUGGUGGGUAUUAGUUUUCAGUUACAUUAGACAUUUCUGCAGGAACCUCCCCUUCUCUGCAAACCCGAUCUCCAUUCCACACACAGGCUGGUAUGCAGACAGUAAUCCUGACGCAUUCAGUGGUACGUCUACAUGUGUUAAAUAUUUUAGCCUAAAUUGGCACACCAGUGAACAGAGUGCUGGUGCUCUGGCGACCAGAAAACUAUGGGAAAGUUCAGCUUUAUUUUCAAGGAUUCAGCCAGGAGUAGGCUAGGUAGUGGAGUAGCCAUAGGUCCUUGCUGGGUUAGCUUAGCUUCUAUCUCCGCUCUUCUUCUGGGCCAGUCGACUCCGCUGGCAGUGGUGUUUGAACCGGCAGGUCUUGCUGUGUUGGUCAGCCGUGGGCAGUGAUCUUCUCAAGGUCCACUGCACUUAAUCCAAUCCCCAAGUUUCUUUUUCCGAUGUUGUUGAAUGUAUUGUCAUAUGCCAUAAGUUCUCCAGUAAUAAACAAAGAAUAGAUUAUAUGAGAGCUACUAGCCGCAGCAUACAUGCUGUCAUGUUCAUUGCUCUGUGCUUGAACAAGCUUGUUAGCUGUGCACAUCAUGUACAUGUUUCCUAAUUGAGAUAUUAAUGAUUUAGUGUUGAAGAGGAAGCUCAGUUUAUGUGUCUGGUUCUGUAGAGGAGCCUGUGUUGUUGAAUCCUCCCCCUCCAGCCAGCUUGAGCUAUUUUAGUGCUCUUCUGCAGUGCCGCUCCACAACUCUGGUUAUUAGGCGGGGGAGUUUGUUUCAGUUGGUGUGCCUGUCGUCAUGUGGAAUAUGCUAGACAAUUUCUGCAUCGCAUUUCAAGUUUUUGGUCCCAAUUCUAUCCCGGCCAUCCGUCAGUGAAAUCCACAGUGUUGGCAAACGUGAUCCUCUAAAUUUCUUUGUGGGCUAGUUCUAAUAGCAGACUUUGUCAAGCUGUCAACAAUUAGUUAAAAUACAACAUUCCAUUUGUGCUGCUAAGCUAUCUGACAUGGACCUGUAAUGUCUGUUUUGUUGGUCAUCUUGUUUUAGUUUUUCAAUGAAAAACUUCAGUCAGUAUAUGUAUUGGGGUCACAUCAAAAGUAGAGCAAGGUUUGAACAGGCUUAAUGGCUUGUUACUUAAAAUAGUCUUAUUGCCAUAUAUGCCAUUGGAACAGUAAUUAAUCACACUGCUCAUAAUGUAUCAUGGCUACCAGUCACUGUUUUGGUUUUCCAUCCCAAUAACUUUGCUCUGAUAAGCCCACUGUACACUACCUGCCCAGCAUCGAACAGCAGGCAACCACAGUUGGCAACAAGCUACUGCAAUAUUCAGCAUGUGAGGAAAAGGGCUGGAUGUCGUCUAAAUAAUUACAAUAGGUGUACCCUUCAUGAUACCGAUACUGUGUGUGUGUCACCCUUCUGCACUGCGCUCAUACAGCUGUUACCGCUGAUAAGGUGGACGUGUAAGGCCCCUCCUUGAGUUCCACGGUUAGCUGUCAGCAUUGUUACUCGUUGUUGGAGCUCUUUGCACUGUCAUCAGCGGUAGCUUCUAGCUACCGGCUCAAAGAUCUCCAUGUUGAGAACCAUGUGUAGGCAAUCCCGUCUCUUGCGGUUUUGGGUCAAUCACACGUCCUAUUAAACCGAAGAGUGCUUGUGGUGAUUGGCUGCGGGUAAAUCUUACAAAUAUUACUCUUUUUUUUUUUUCUCGAUCUCGGCACAUAAUGAUUGAUUGCAGGUAUCAUUUGACUGAAGUUUCGAUACUACUUGGUACCGGAUCAUUUUGGUCGAUACCUUUUUCAAGGUAUCUCGUACCGAUACCCAGCCCUAGAUGGUGGAGACCAAACCAGAGUUAAAAGGAGACUGAGUUGUUAGCCCCUGCAUUCAUCUUCUUUAUUUCACUAGACAGUAACUGACAGAAUAUUUGGUCAAUGUGAUAAAGUGCCGUGUGCUGUAGGUCCACUACCAGUUCAGAAGAACAUCUGUCCUGAAUGUUCUCUGAUUGGAUAAGGCAUAAUUAUGUAUUAUAGUGCCCAGUUGUCUGUCCUUUGAGACAAAACAACAGAUGGCUUGGACUCGGAUGACAUGGACCAGCAUGCCUAUGGAUUUAUUCACAACAAUCCCUUUCUGCCAAAUAGUUUAACAUUUGCUCUUUACAUUGCGUGUGGAUUUGAAUCAUGACAGAGACCUAAAACAUCAGAAAGUGUACUAAAGCAGAACAUAUGAUGUCAUACUACUCCGCUCCUCCACGACCUUCACUGGUUAUCGGUGGCCGCCCGCAUCCGCUUCAAAACAUUGGUACUUGCGUACC